AUGGAUCAAAACCUUGAUCAGGGCUCUCGCUCCAGGAGGGGGUCGUACGGCAGCGAUCACAGCGAACACCGGGCCGGAGGCGGCGGCAACGGCGCGGGCGGCCACCGGGACCACAAUUCCCACCAUUACCGGGGGGGCAGGGGCUCCGGAAGGGGACGAAACCCACACGGACACUCCAGGGGCGUGCCUGACGGCUACGGCAUGCCGCAGGAUCAUCCGUACGGGCAGCUUCAUGCGCUGCAUAACGGCUACGACCCGGGCUACUCGUCGCAUCUGGCCCCUGACGGAUUGGCGUACGGACAGCACCCUGGGCAGCAGAGCAUGGGCGGGCCUUAUGGGCAGCUAGCCGGGGCCCCGGGAUAUGGUCAGGUUUGCUAUGAUCCUGCGGUAGCGGCGGCAGCAGCGGCGGCGGCACACGCGGCGGCUAUGGCCAUCCAGCAGCCGCAGCCGUACAUGCACCUUAUUGCGACGGACCAGGAUGUAUACGGAACUGGUAUGGUUUCGGAGUGCGCACCGGAGGGGGCAGCGGCAGGACCUGGAACCUGCGCCGCUGUGGCGGCGGCGGAUGAAGCCCUGUCGGACGCGGCCAUGGCUGCGGCAGCCGCAGCAUCGCAACGGAAGCAGCCGGCUCCGAAACCUAAAAUCAUCACCGCAAAUCGGCCGCUAGUGAACCCAGCCCUCCGGAAGGCAGGGAAGGCGGACGGCAGCACCAGGCUGGUGAUACGGCCCGCAACCAGCACUGGCCCCGGCGGCGGCAUGGGCACUUUUUCAGAUGCCGAGUAUGGUGAGCUGCCUUUCGACGGUUUGGAGCCUACAGCGGCGACGACGACGGCAGCGGCGGCGGCGGUGCCGCUGCCGCCACCGGUGUCGGGCCCAUCGGAAUGGUUCAAACCGGGCGCCGGGGGCCCCGCUGCGAUUUCGCCCAUCAUUGCGGCGGCAGCAGCGGCGGCCGCUGCAGCGGCGGCCGCAGCAGCCAAGAUGAAGGCGGAAGCUGCCCUGGCGGCGGCGGAGGGAGCAGUGACGACUGAACAACGGACGUCGCUGACGCCGGCGACGGCAGCGCCACCAGCGGCAGCUCCUGCCCCUCUGGCGGUUGCUCAGGCAGAAGCGGAGGCGGCAGUUCGUAGGGGCUACCACCCCGCCCAGCUCCCAGGCCAUGCUGCUGUCGCUGUCCCGGGGGUCUUGACCUCAACUGCAGCACAGGCCUCGGUAUCAGUAACACCCGACGGCGGGGAACCGCUAGGACCCCAGCAGAAGCGGCGGCGAUGGGGCCCGGAGCAUAGCGGCGGCGUUGGGGAUGACGCCGCCGGCACCGGCGCUGUGGCAGCUUCGGCAGCGGCAGUAUCCACGCCGCCGCUGGUCCAAAAUUCCAGAGUUGCUGCGGGCGAUGAUGAUGUGGCGCCCACGCGGCGAUCGCCGUCGCCGCUGCAGCGGAGCGGUGCAGCCUACGAGACGGCGGCAGCGGCGGUGGUUGGGCGUUGGGGUCCUACGUCUGCCCCCGACGGCGUCGUCGCCGCCAUCGACGAGGUGGUGGCGGCGAAAGUAACGGAGGAGGCAGUGAAAGAGGCACAGCGGUUGGCGGCGAUGGCUGCAUCUGCCGUUCCUUCCGGCGCCGCCGACCCCGCGGCUGCUGUUGUAGAGCAAAUAGCUGCAGCAGCAGCGGCGGCGGCGGCGGCUGGGGCGGGGGCGAUCGAGGGGCAUGGCGGAGGGUCAGUAGCAGCUCUGGGAGGAAGUUAUGACGGCGGCAGUGGCCAGCGCAAGAAGGCGGAUAUCCGGGCUGAUGGCCGAGUGGAAGCCAAGGAGUCAAGAGGGGUAGAGGAGAUCCCGGACUAG